CGAAAACAACAGAAACGUCUACUUCGGGAAUUGCAUUUAAAACGCGUUCAAUCGUUGAGGAAAGAAUUGGAGUAUAUUAAAGCAACAGAGUGGAGAUAUCAGCCAAUUGAUCGGUACAUGGAUAGAAACUAUAGAAAUUAAAUAUGCUGUCCUUAAUAUAUACCUUCGUAAAAUACGUCGUAGGAAAUAAGUUGCCUAUUAAGAAUGACACGGACGAAAUAAACAGUGUCAUAAAACGCAUUGAAAAUGUUUAUGAGAAAGAAAUAAUGAAAGAUGAAUAUUUUCAUAAGGAUGAUUGUUAUUACAAGAUAGGAAAAGUCACUUUCAUUGCGACAGAUUAUAUUUUGGUUGAUAAUUUUUAUAUAUAUGAUACAGUGAAUGGUUUUAUAGAUAAUUUAAAAAUAGGAGAUAAAGUCCAAUAUUUAGCCUUGCAGGAAGGCCAUGAGAAGGAACAUAAAAUAAAGAAAAUUAUUUGUGUGAUAGAUGACUCUUGGGAUAACGAUGUUCCAAAUUUCCAAACAAAUUGUGUCGAAUCACAAGCAUUAACAAAAUGCAUAAUUGGAAAAGUACUAGAACGCAAGAAUCGAAUAUUAGUUGUAGACCCUAAUAAUAUUUCUGUUGAUUUAAACAAAGUGCAAUCAGAAUUUAUUCCUGUGAUUGGAGAUUGGUUAAAUAUAGAGGCAGAAGUAGAAAUACAGAUAAACUCUUCUAAUCUAAAUGAAGAAAUUUUACAGAUAAAAAAGAUUCAACCUUUGCGGUCCAAGUUGGAUUGUGGAACUAUAUCUAGUUACGAUCCAAGCAAAGAAAUUGGUACUAUUGGAAAAGAUAUAGUAUUUAAUAGAAGGAUAUGUGAUGCUGGUUAUGUCCCUCGUGUUGGUGAUAAAGUGAUUAGUGAUAGUAUCGAAAGUGAUCAAGGACUUUAUACAUGGAGAUCAUUAACUGUAGUUCCAAUACUUCAGGUUUCACGAAAAGAUACUUUACCAGCAUUAUGCAGUACACCUAUAACAAAAAAGAACUUAAAUGAUCUUAUAAAAAAUAAAUGUGGAAUACAUAUUAGUAGUAAUACAAAUAUUGAUUUAAACAUGUUAGAAGAAAAAACUGUAACACUUACAAUACAAAAUGUAGGUAAUAGUACUCAUGUACUAUGUAAAGCUUACUUCAUGACAAAGAAAACUCAGUCCCAAUUAGUUUUAGUAAAACCAACUACUGUUAGUACUGUCUCAGUAUUAAAUCCCUCUGAUACUUUAACUUAUAUAUUUAAAUGUAAAGCAAAAUUUAUUGGUACAAGCGAAGAACUAUUUAUCUUCAAUUUCAAAGGUUUUGAAAUUGGAAGAAUUUUUUAUGUAUAUGUAAAACCUAAAAGUAUACAAAAGAAAACAUGCUCAGAAGAUGAUAAUGUCAAAAUUAAUAAACGCGAUCGUGUACCAGAUCUAGAUGAAUGGAAUGAAGCAACGUACAUUCCAGGUGUUAAACCAUAUAAACCAGCAACAUUUAUUAAAGUACGUAACGUAGCGUUCAAAGUUCCGCAGCGUUAUUGGGAUGUAAUAUUACAAUGUUUAAAAGAUGGGAAGUCACAAACUGAGUGUGCACAUAAUGUAGGAAAUGCUGUACCUUGUUUGUUAAAUAGACUUUGUUUUCAAUCAUACAAAGAUCGUUUUCAUGCUUUAUUAUAUUUAGAAGAAAUUGCUCAAACAAUAAAUAUACAACAAUACAGCAUAGAAAGCACAAUUAUGAGGCAUUGUGAAAAAUACUUGGUGAUGGAAGUGCCUGGUCUUGCUGAAAAACGCCCAUCUCUUCUUAUUGGUGACAGAGCAAUAGUAUCUUUCAAGUGGGAUAAUUCUCAAGGAAAACUGAAAUAUGAAGGAUUCAUUCACAAAGUUACAAGAUCAGAAAUAUUUUUGAAAUUUAAUCACAAAUUCCAUCAAGAGUAUAAUUAUGAGGACUGUCAAGUGACUUUCAAAUGUUCACAAUCUGGUAUACAAUGUGGUCAUAAUGCUAUUAAUAUGGCUGUGAAUCGUUUAGGUGCUGACUUUUUGUUUCCUACGCAUGUGGUUGAAAAAGAUUCUCAAUUAAAUCUUGAAGAAAUUGUAGUAACAAACGAAACAUUUCCUAAACAAAUGACUCAUCAACGAACUGAUUCCAUAUCAUCAGAGUCCUCUUGUAUUAGUACUACAUCUACAAGUAAUAAAUCUAGUAGUACAUCAAAGUCAUUUACAAAAGUAUCUGUUGUAGAAAGAUUAUUUAACGUUAAACCAAUGGAACAGACUCCAGAACCUGUAACGAGUCCUGUUACAAUAAUAAAAGACAAUCAACACAGUGAAAUAAAUGUAACAAAAAAUGAAAUGAGCAUUUCAAAAAAUUCAGGACAUACAGUAUCACAAAGAAAUGCAAAACAAACAGCAUCUAUUUCUUCUCCCAGCGACGAUUUACAACCAUAUAUUUCGCAAGUAAAGAAACGAAAAUUACUUUGGUUUAAUAAAAACCUGAACUACUAUCAAAAAGAAGCCAUAAGGAACAUACUGAAGGGACAUGCGCGGCCAUUACCUUAUGUAAUAUUUGGACCACCUGGCACUGGGAAAACUGUCACUCUUUGCGAAGGAAUCCUGCAAAUUUUAUCAAUGAUACCUGAGAGCCGGUUACUAAUAGCAACACCGUCUAAUAGUUCAGCAAAUCUUAUAGCAGAUCGACUGUUAGACAGUAAUGUUCUUAAACCUGGCGACAUGGUACGGCUUAUAGCUCAUCAUUAUUUAGGUAGUGAUUCUAUAUCAGAUAAAUUAUUGCCGUAUUGCGCCACUGCAGAAUUAGCAGAAGAAGGAACACAGGAAAGAACAAAGUAUAAUGGAGUGGGACCAAGAUUAAACUGUUCCAUAAGUAUACUUGGUCGUCACAGAAUUACUAUUGGUACCUGUGGUGCUUUGGGUAUAUUGCACAAUAUGGGUUUUCCCCAUGGACAUUUUUCACAUGUAUUAAUCGAUGAGGCUGGCCAGGCAACGGAACCAGAAAUUAUGAUUCCACUCAAUUUUAUUCAUUCUGAUUAUGGACAAGUAGUUCUUGUGGGCGAUCCGUUGCAACUUGGUCCGGUUGUACAAAGCGGAAUAGCAAAAAGCUUUGGUCUGGACGAAUCGUUUUUGUCAAGGCUGUUGCGACAUUUUCCUUACCAAAGAGAUCCUAAUGGCUUUGAAACACACUAUGAUCCUCGUCUUAUCACAAAGCUUGUUAUGAAUUAUCGAAGUUUACCUGAAAUACUCGAAUUGUCAAGUUCUCUGUUCUAUAAUUCUGAAUUAAUAGCACAGAUAUCUUCCAAAAAAAGCAAAGAAGCAAAGCUUUUAUUAACAUUAGCCGAUGAAUUACCAGAAAGGAAAAGUACUCCCCCAGCUAUAGUCUUUCAUGGUGUUAAUGGGGAGAAUUGUAAAGACAGUGAUAGUCCAAGUUGGUAUAAUACUGAAGAAGCAGCGCAAGUAUAUCUUUACCUUUUGAAACUAUACAAGUGUGGUCUUUCACCCGAUGACAUUGGAAUCAUAACUCCUUAUCAAAAGCAGGUCCAUGAAAUUCGAGAUAUGCUUAUGGAGUUAGACACAAAAUUACCAAAAAUCAGCAGCGUCGAAGGAUUUCAAGGUCAAGAGCGUAAUGUUAUUAUUAUUUCAGCCGUGCGAUCCUCAAAUAAUUUUGUUAGCGAAGACAUUAAACACGCACUUGGAUUUGUUGCUUGUCCUCGAAGACUCAAUGUAGCAAUUACUCGUGCUCGUGCUUUGAUCAUAAUUUUAGGAAAUCCUAGACUUUUAGCUCAAGAUCCUUAUUGGAGGAACGUUUUAAUUUAUUGCAUCAACAAAGACUCUUAUACUGGAUGCAGCUUUGUUUUUUCUGAUAUAGAAGACUCUCUGGCGGAAACAAAUGAUUCUUUUAUCAGUAACGAUACUAAUAUUUUGUUAUGAAUCGCGACAACAACAGUAACUAUGCCUUUUUUUCUCGAAGUAUGUAUUUAUUACCGAAUUACAAAAUUACUGUUCUUUUUUUGUACAGUAU